AUGAUCGCGUUCCUGCGCAGCCACACGUGGACACGUGCCUUCCUCCGGAGUCCCGAGCUGCACGGCGAGGCGAAGUCGCUGCAACCGCUGCGACCGUCGGGGACACGCUUUGGGACGCAGUACAUUGCGGUUUCGCGUGAGAUUAGCCAGCAGCUGACCAAGAUGGUGACGCACACAGACUGGCCUGAGAAGGGGAGGAAGCUGCAGACUUGCGCAACUUUUGAGAAGGCGGUGAUGGAUGUGGAGUGGUGGAAGAAGGUAAGUACCUUCGUGAAGGUGAUGGAGCUGCCGUACAAGGUGAUGAGGAAGACGGAUGGGCCAGCGAAGGGGAUGAUGGGGGCAGUGUACGACAUGAUGCUGCAGCUGACGGUGGACCUGACGGAGCUGUUGGAGAGAGCGGAUUGUCAGCUCAGUGAGGCGGAUAAGCAGGGGUUGCUGGAGCACUCGAGGAGGCAUUGGGACGAGAGUAUGGCCUGCCCUCUUCACGUGGUAGGCCGGAUUCUUAACCCGGUCAACCAGGAGGAAGGGAUCUACCUUAAGGACAGAGAAUGCACCAGUGUUAGGAAGGCAUGGCUGCAACGCGCGAGGGUUUUCGUCGACAAGUUAUGGAAGAAGGAGGGCGAGCGGGAGGGAACGAUGCUGGAUCUGCAGGAGGGGAUGUUGGCGUACAUUGAGGGCAGUGGAGGGUUUCGGUCGGAGGAGGCGAUAGAAAAGGCGUGCGCAGUUGAAGGCAGGGAAGGGGGACAUGGCGGCGUGGUGGAAGUUGAAUGGCUGGGAGUACCUCGAACUGGCGGGCCUUGCGCGACGUGCGGUGCCACAGGCCGUUUCCGCCUCUCCAUGCGAGCGUGGAUGGGCUGUGUGGGAGGGGGUGCACACGGCGCGCAGGAACAGACUGGGGUCGGAGAAGGUGCGCGACCUGGUAUUCGUGGCGCACAACUGGAAGGUUGUGCACGGCCACCACCAGGGUGCAGCUGGCGGAGCAGGGCCAAGUGGGGAAGUCAGGAGGGCGGGGGUGGUGGAGGGUAA